AUGGCUGCACGCCCAGCCCCCGGCUCGUCCAGGCGACGGCUCGUUGGUGAUGGCGAGUCAGAGCCGGACGAGAUCAUCGGCGACUUUCAAAGAGGCAAGGAGAUUGGAAAGGGCAGCUUUGCCACCGUAUACCUGGCCAGACACCGCAAGCGAAAGUCCUAUGCAGCCGUCAAGGUGGUGUCGCAGGGGAGGCUGUCCGACAAGCUCAAAUUGAACCUCGAGGGCGAGAUCCAGAUCCUGAGGGACUUGCAUCAUCCCCAUAUCGUCGCUCUCUUCGCUUGUCAAGAAACCCCCCGCCACUUCUACCUCAUCAUGGAGUACUGCCAACUCUCCGACCUCUCCCAGUUCCUCAAGAAACGUGAGUCGUUGGCUACUCUCCCCGAGACCGCGGACAUCUUCCGGAGAUAUCCCAACCCUACCCACGGAGGCUUCAACGAGGUCUUGUCUCGCCACUUCAUGAAGCAAAUUGCGAGCGCGCUCGACUACCUGCGAAGCCAGGAUCUAUUGCACCGGGACAUCAAGCCGCAGAAUCUUCUCCUCAACCCGGCGCCUUCGUAUAUGUACCGGCAGCGACCCGAAGACGUACCACUCGCCGCCAGCGAGAACUCGCUCGUGCCGGCGGCGGGUGUGCAGAGCCUCCCCAUGCUGAAGAUUGCCGACUUCGGCUUUGCUCGCCAUUUGCCCCAGACAUCCAUGGCUGAGACGCUGUGCGGCUCGCCACUCUACAUGGCCCCGGAGAUUCUCCGCUACGAAAAGUACAAUGCGCGCGCGGAUCUGUGGUCUGUAGGCACCGUGCUGUACGAAAUGGUGGUCGGCAAGCCUCCUUUCCGCGCCCCCAAUCACGUUGACUUGCUUCGCCGUAUUGAGAAGACAAAUGACAACAUCGUCUUCGACAACCGGAAUAUGGUCAUCAGCCGAGGGAUGAAAGAUCUUAUCCGCAAGCUACUCAAGAAAAGCCCCACCGAGCGCAUGACUUAUGAUGAACUGCUCUCCGAUCCUGUCAUCACAGAUGAGAUCCCGGGCCUGGUCGAGGAAGAUCGUGUCAUGCAAACCGGAUCGAAAACCGCAGAUCCAGAUACCUCGGAGCUAAGUCGCAGACUGGCGAAGCAAGCCAUCAACGCUCCAACACCAUUGAGUUCCUCUCCAGAUAGCACCGCUCCGGCAAAACAGUUUUCAGACGUUGUUCCAGCGUCAGCAAUACGCAAGCCUUCUGAUCAAGACCUGAAGAAGCGACCCACAGACAUCCUCAGGCGGACAUCAUCAAAUGGCAAGCAGAAUCAGACCGAUACUGCACCUCAGGAGAUGGUCAGACGCCCGAGCCAAGCCGAACACCCCAAAUUGCGCCGGCCGAGUAUGACUCCCCACCUUACCGCACCAGGACGGCAGGAGCUACUCGCAGGACCCUCCAGCGUUCCCGUUUCCGCGCCGAGGAUGGAGCGGCGUCCCAGCCGGACAUCCCCGUUGACCGGUCCGCCGAUGGUGCGUGAGGCUUCAAACGCUGACACCGACCGCGCCCGGGAAGAGCGAGCAUUACGUGAUGCUCGUGAGCGUACUGCUCAAGACAUGGCCUUUGAGAAGGAGUAUGUCAUGGUGGAGAAACGCGCGGUGGAAAUCAAUGCCUUUGCGGACGAGCUCGAUGCCACCCGCGGCUCGCCGUCAAGAGCAAUGAUCCGGCGUGCGUCAACGCAAGGACAGCCUCCAAUCCCCGCCGGCGUGCAGCCCUCGAGUCCCUCGCGCGCGAUGCAGAUGGUUGUGGGUAGACCCACUACCACACAUCAGCGCAUAGGGUCGUUCGAGAGGCGAUACGCGCCUGGGCCGCAGUCGGCGACGAACAUGCUCACCAAGGCAUUGAAUGCGGCGAAUGUGCGUCUGUUUGGAGCCCUCGGGACUUCGCCACCGUUUGGUUUAGGCGGCAACUCGCCCCCUCGUGGCUACACAGCUUUUCCCGUGUAUCCGUCCCCCCCUAGCGCUUUGCUAUUGGGGGAAGGUAACGAGUCCAAGACCCCUGUGGACGAAGACACCAAGAUUGUCCGAAUCAUGGAGGAUGCGGCACACCGGAGCGAUGUCAUCUUUGGAUUCGCCGAGGUCAAGUACAAACAACUUCUCCCAGCUACACCCUCUGCUCCGGAUGCGUUGGGUAUUCAGCAGAUUGGAGCGCAGGAGAGAGCGUUGACGGCGUCGGGAGAGGAUGACGACAAAGACAUGACGACGGUGGCACUGGUGGGCGUGGCCGAAGAGGCUUUGGUGUUGUAUGUGAAGACACUGGCCAUUCUCGCAAAGACUAUCGAUCUUGCGGGCUACUGGUGGAAUCAGCAAAGCCGGUCGAACAUUGCCUCUGGAGAUCCAGCGCGCAGGCCGCCAGGCGGUAAUACCGUGGAGGUUGGGAAGCGGAUGAACAGCGUGGUGCAGUGGGCGCGCAACCGCUUCAAUGAAUGUCUGGAGAAGUCGGAAGUCGUCGGGCGCAGGCUCCAGGCAGCGCAAUGGCAGCUUCCAGAAGACCACCCCGGGCAUCCCGGCAAUCAUACGGCAGCGUCGACGCUGGCGCCGGGUGGCGUGACCACCUCGGCCGAGCACAUUCACCUGUGCAGCGGCGUGACGGCGGAGAAGCUGAUGUUUGAUCGGGCGGUGGAGAUGAGCCGCGCGUCUGCCGUCGCCGAGCUGGUGGGCGACGACCUGCAAGACUGUGAGAUUGGCUACGUCACUUCCAUCAUGCUGCUGGAGGCUGUGCUGGAGAGCGACGACGAGCCGUUGAUGCGCAAGUCGGGUGCGAAGAAGGAUAAGCCGGCGGAUCAGGUGAUCAACGGGAUGGAGACUGAGGAUCGACAGACUGUGCUCAAGCUGAUUGAAGGCGCCCGGUCUCGUCUGGGCGCUCUCCGCAAGAAGAUGCACGCGGCUCGGUCGGCGCGGCGGUCUUCGCACAGUGGAAGUGGACACUCCACACCCAAAUCUACGAGCGCGUCUCCUGUCAUCACACCCGCCUUGACAGGGACACCACCUCGCUAA